AUGGUCCUCACCAAUCACACCUGUCCCAACGAUAACAAAGAAACUACCGACCAAUCCUCGUUCUGGGACGCAGAUGGCAUUAACUGGGAUCCACAUCGAAUAGGAUGGGCCAUUGCAGGCGGCUGCGCGGCUUUGACUGUUCUCAUCACCGCAUUUACUGUCUUCAUGCACGCGCGACACUAUACAAAUCGCUUGCAGCAAAGACAAAUAAUACGCGUUUUAUAUAUGCCUGCUGUCUACGCCGUCAUAUCCUUCUUCUCCUACCGAUACUUUCGAGAUUACACAUACUAUUCGCUGGCCGAGACAACAUAUGAGGCCGUCACCCUCAGUGCUUUCCUUUUGCUCCUCAUAGACUUUGUAGCAUCUACUGCGUCCUCACAUAAAGCGGAGAAUGCUAUCCUCCGUAAGGACAAGACCGCGCUCCCUAUACCCUUCUGUUGCUGGCGCUUCAGGCCAACAAAGGCCUAUUUCAUGUAUACUUUGAAGUGGUCUGUAUUACAAUACGUGAUAAUCCGUCCAGCUAUCUCCAUCGCCGGUGUUAUCACUCAGGCAUAUGGUGUUUUGUGUGAAUCUGGGAGCUAUAGCGUCUUCUUCGCUGCAGUAUACUUGGACUCCAUCGACUUCGUCAGCAUCAGUAUCGCACUCUAUGGUCUUAUCAUCUUCUACGCCCUGACGAAAGAAGAGCUUGCCGGUCGCCAACCGCUAGCGAAGUUCCUGGCUAUCAAAUUGAUCGUGUUCUUCACUUUCUACCAAUCAUUCGUGUUUGAUGUAUUGCAAUCGUAUGGUGUUAUCACGGGCACAGAAUAUUGGACCUCAACAAAUGUUGCCGACGGCCUUAAUGCCCUUGCCACGUGCAUAGAGAUGGUGUUCUUCUCGGCGUUCAUGAUGUGGGCGUACCAUUGGAGGGAAUACACCGACCCGCUUGCACCACGGCAUGGCUUCUUCCGUGCGCUCUGGGACAGUGUCAACUACGUCGAUUUCGCGCGGGAGAUCUGGGGCUCGCUCAAGUUCUUCGUCGACUAUUGGCGCGGGAAGAAGUACACGCACGGCGUGCCUUCUGCAGCGCUGGACGACCUUGACCAGGGCGCGCACGGCCAGACAACGUUCGGCCAGGCGUUCGGCGUCGAGGGAUACUCGAGAAAACCCUACAGUCCUAGUCAGUAG